GUUCCGGUUAGGCGGCGAGAGUUUGUUUACGUUGCUCCCAGCUUGCGGCUAACCUUCGCGAGCUCAGCCUCCAAGAUGGGGAAAUCUUUCGCCAAUUUCAUGUGCAAGAAGGACUUUCAUCCCGCCUCCAAAUCCAAUAUCAAAAAAGUAUGGAUGGCAGAACAGAAAAUAUCAUAUGAUAAGAAGAAACAAGAAGAAUUAAUGCAACAGUAUCUUAAAGAACAAGAAUCAUAUGAUAAUAGAUUGCUUAUGGGAGAUGAACGUGUAAAGAAUGGCCUUAAUUUCAUGUAUGAAGCCCCACCAGGAGCUAAAAAAGAAAACAAAGAGAAAGAAGAAACGGAAGGAGAGACAGAAUACAAAUUUGAAUGGCAGAAAGGAGCCCCACGAGAAAAAUAUGCCAAAGAUGACAUGAACAUCAGAGACCAGCCCUUUGGUAUUCAGGUUCGAAAUGUGAGGUGCAUUAAAUGUCACAAAUGGGGUCAUGUCAACACAGAUCGAGAAUGUCCUUUGUUUGGUCUUUCUGGAAUCAAUGCAAGUUCAGUUCCCACUGAUGGCUCAGGGCCAUCGAUGCACCCCUCGGAGCUAAUAGCGGAGAUGAGAAACAGUGGGUUUGCACUGAAACGAAAUGUACUGGGGAGAAACUUGACCGCAAAUGAUCCAUCACAGGAAUACGUUGCAAGUGAGGGUGAAGAAGAUCCAGAAGUCGAAUUUUUAAAGUCACUAACAACCAAACAAAAGCAGAAACUUCUCAGGAAAUUGGAUCGACUUGAGAAGAAAAAAAGGAAAAAGAAGAAAGAUAGAAAGAAGAAAAAGCUUCAGAAGAGCAGAAGUAAACACAAAAAACAUAAAAACAAAUCCUCCUCGACUUCCUCCUCCUCAUCAUCCUCUAGUGAGACUUCAGAAAGCAGCAGUGAGAGUGACAACAAAGAAAAAACAACACAAAAGAAGAAAAGAAAGAAAAACAAAAGUUCAAGGAAUAACAACAGUGAUUUUGAAGAAAAGGACAAGUCUAAAAAGAGAAAACUUUAUGAAGAACUUCCUAGCAGUCACAGUAACAAGGAAAAAGAUAAGGAAAAGUCUAGGUUUUUAAAACAAGAGAGUUCUGGGGAGACUAGCAAAUGGAGCCAUUCUGAUUCUGUGAAAAAGUCCAGAAGCCAUAACUACAGCCCAGAGAAGAGAGGAUCUGAAAGAAAUGAGAGGAGCGGCAGGAGCCAGAGCAGGGGUGAGAGGAGCAGGAGAAGCCGGAGCAGAAGUCACAGUAGUUACAAGCAAACAGAAAUAAGGAAACAGCCACAGCGAAGUCCCAGUGAUGAGCAAAAUGGAAGAAAUGACACCAGAAGCCAUUGCACAGAUAGAUACAGAGGAGAAAAAAUGCACGGAGAGAAUUCAGGAGAUAAGCAUAUUAGAGUGACACAGAGAGAACGAAGCAGAAGUAGAGAGAAUAAAGAGAGACUGCAUGUGACAAUUACCUGGGAAUAAAAAUAUCUCCACUUUCUUAUUGAAUAUAUUAUGUACUAUUGUCUUUCUAAUUAAAAAAAACCUCUAGUUUAGUUUUCCAUCUCUGUAAACUGCCAUAUCAAGUACAAAAACUACAUGAAUCCUGUAAGAAUCAACUUUGCAUAUAUUUGUAAGUAAUCUAUUUGGGGGCUAUAAAAAUAUUUUCUGUUGAUGUUUCUUGUGCCCUAUACCAGAUAAAAACUCCAUAUAACUGUGACAUUUUCUUUGUUCUGAAACAUCAUUAAAAGAAUGUAUAAUUUAACGGA